AUGCCAGAAUACAACCUAUACAGUACGCAGCAAGAAUUCCGAAAUUGUGCCGUUGAAGCUUGCAAUAUGAACACAUUUCUACAACUGAUUGAAUGUUCAUUUCCUCAAGAAUGCUCUGAACAGAUUCUAAACAACUUAUUCUUCGAUUAUCGUCAACUUGUAUGUCAAAAAAUGUGGGAAGAGGAACAACAACAAAAGCAACAAAAAGAGGAAAUGAAUAAAAGUAAUGAAACUGAUUGUGAAAAUGAAAAAUUGGAUGAGGAGAAUGAUGAUUAUUUUUGGUCAUAAAGAAGGGAUAUAUUGAAGGGAUAUAUGAAGGAUAUGUCAAAUAAAUAUGUUUUGUACAUGAAUAAAUUAGAUAAAUUUUCUGAGAUUGUCUUUCUUGUUCGUC